UCCGCCCCCGCUAGGCCGCAGCUGCCCCCUGCCGGCGGCAGCGGAGAGGAGGCGAGGAGGCGUUUGGCGGCCGCGGCUCCGGCAUGGAGAACUCCCAGCUCUGUAAGCUGUUCAUCGGCGGCCUGAACGUGCAGACGACGGAGGCCGGGCUGCGGGAGCACUUCUCGGCCUACGGCACGCUGACCGACUGCGUGGUGGUGCUGAACCCGCAGACCAAGCGCUCCCGCUGCUUCGGCUUCGUCACCUACUCGGCCGUGGAGGAGGCCGACGCCGCCAUGGCCGCCUCGCCGCACGCCGUGGACGGCAACGCGGUGGAGCUGAAGCGGGCCGUCUCCCGCGAGGACUCGGCCCGGCCCGGCGCCCACGCCAAAGUGAAGAAGCUCUUCGUCGGCGGCCUCAAGGGGGACCUGGGCGAGAACGACCUGGUGGAGCACUUCAGCCAGUUCGGCCCCGUGGAGAAGGCCGAGAUCAUCUCCAACAAGCAGAGCGGCAAGAAGCGCGGCUUCGGCUUCGUCUACUUCCAGAGCCACGACGCCGCCGACAAGGCCGCCGUGGUCAAGUUCCACCCCAUCCAGGGCCACCGCGUGGAGGUCAAGAAGGCCGUGCCCCGGGAAGACAUCCAGGCGGGAGGCGGAGGAGGAGGAGGAGGGGGGGGCUCCUCCCGGUCCAGCUGGGGCGGCAGGGGGCGGGGAAGGAGCGGCGGCGGCGGCAACCGGGACCACAACGGGCUCUCCAAAGGCGGCGGCGGAGGCUAUAACAGCUACGGAGGCUACGGCGGCGGCGGCGGCGGCUACGGGUCGUACGGCGGAGGCUCCUACGGAGGAGGCGGCGGCGGCGAUAACGGCAACGGAUACGGAGGCUUCGGCAGCUACAGCCAGCAGCAGUCGUCCUACGGCCCCAUGAAGAGCGGCGGCGGCGGCGGCUGGGGGGCCCGCAGUAACAGUGGACCUUACAGAGGCGGCUAUGGCGGGGGAGGCUACGGAGGAGGCCCCUUCUAAGCGGGGA